AUGGCGCGCCAUAUUCGUACAUCCACCGAACACUUAGUUGAAAUUAUCGGAGAAUGUGAAGUCGCCGUAUCCAAGGGCAACAAGGAGGAACGCUUGCCUUUGAUAGUCGCGAGAGGCAGAGGGCCGAAUCUCAUGGGACGAGAUUGGCUGCACGAAAUAAAGCUGGACUGGAGGGAGAUAAACUUGGUCAGGGUCAAUGACGCAGUAGACAGAGUGUUUUCAGACUACGCGGGGCUGUUCACACGAGAACUUGGAAAGCUGAAAGGUGUAGAAGUAGAUCUGGAUAUUGACCCCAAUGCAUCACCUAAGUUUUUGAAGGCCCGUCCAGUUCCAUUUUCGCUUCGAAGUCGUCUGGAUCAAGAGCUGGAUCGCCUUCUAGCAGAUGACAUAAUUGAACCAGUUCAAUAUUCGAACUGGGCAGCUCCAGUGGUCCCAGUCGUCAAGGGAGAUGGAUCCAUUCGUAUUUGUGGGGAUUAUAAAACCACGAUUAACACAGCAGCUCGAUCGGAUACCUAUCCGAUCCCAAGAGUAGAAGAGCUAUUUGCAAGGCUUGCAAAUGGAAACAAAUUUACGAAACUGGAUCUUUCUCAUGCCUAUCAACAGCUAGUCCUGUCUGAGAAAUACAGGGAGUUCGUCACAAUCAACACUCAUAGAGGGUUAUUUCGAUAUAAGAGACUGCCUUUUGGAGUUUCAACCGCACCCUCUGUGUUUCAGCGGACGAUGGAGUCAUUGCUGGCCGGUAUACCAGGUGUGGCUGUCUACCUAGAUGAUCUUCUCAUCACAGGAGAGUCAACAGAUGCCCACAUGAAGAACCUGAGAGCAGUCCUGGAUGUUCUUCUGAAAGCUGGACUACGACUAAAGAAAGAAAAAUGUGUGUUUUUCAAGGACGAGGUUGAUUACCUCGGACACACUAUCACUGCGAAGGGUCUUCGUCCCACGGGGGACAAGGUGCAAGCCAUUACAAAUGCGCCUGAACCAAAGAGCGUAAAGGAACUCCGGUCGUUCCUGGGCUUGCUAAAUUAUUAUGGUAAAUUUCUACCCGACCUUGCAUCGAAUCUAGAACCUCUGCAUCGGUUGUUGAGGAAAGACGCAAGAUGGCAAUGGGGUAAAGAGCAAAAACAGGCUUUUGAAAGAGCCAAAAAGUUGCUUAAUUCAACUCGGGUGCUAGCCCACUACAAUCCGGUAGAGCAACUGAUACUAGCUUGCGAUGCUAGUCCGUACGGUGUCGGAGCCGUACUCGCACAUAGAUUUUCGGAUGGGACCGAAAAACCCAUCGGUUUCGCGUCGCGAACACUGAAUGUUGCGGAACGCAGAUAUUCGCAAUUAGAUAAGGAAGGGUUAGCGAUUGUAUUUGGUGUGAAACGGUUUCACCAAUAUCUGUAUGGCCGGAAAUUCGAAAUAAUUACGGAUCAUAAGCCGCUACUUGGUCUCUUUGGAGAGAGGAAAGCCAUUCCACAGAUGGCUUCUCCACGCGUCCAACGGUGGGCGAUUACACUUGCGGCGUACGAAUAUGAAAUAAAGUAUAAAGCGGGAGAGAAAAAUUCAAAUGCUGAUGCACUCAGUAGAUUGCCGCUAGAAUCAACCAUUUCGGAACCUCUGAUCCCAGGGGAUAUCAUACUUCUCAUGGAUACGUUAGAUAGGACACCGAUAACGCCCUCGCGCGUCCGUUCUCUUACCGACAAAGAUCCGAUCUUGUCGCGGGUCCGUAACUUCAUCUUACAAGGAUGGCCUACAGCAGAUGAAUUACAAGAUAAGGCAUUCGGUCCGUAUUUGAAUAGAAAAGAUGAAUUGAGUGUCCAUGAGGGUGUAAUAUUGUGGGGAGCUCGCGCGGUGCUUCCUCCGAAAUGUCGAGAAGCAAUGAUGGAAGAAUUGCAUGAUGCACAUCCAGGGAUAGUGCGUAUGAAGGCAAUGGCGAGAAGUUGCGUAUGGUGGCCAAAGAUUUGGAGCGUAAAGUUAAAUCUUGCGAAAAAUGUCAAUCACACCAGCAACAACCGUCGAAAGCUCCACCCCAUCAGUGGGAAUAUCCAAGUAAACCGUGGUCGCGAAUUCAUGUCGAUUACGCAGGUCCAGUAG